AUGACGUACACCAGAUGCGAGUUCGCUCGGUCAGCUGUGAGAGCCUGCGUGUCGUGGACAGGCCAGACGGGCUCCUACGACGGCUCAGUGGAUCGCACGUCCCCUGUGAGUCUUGGUGGAUUUCACGAUCGCUGCCCUGUGGGCGAUCUCUUCCUGCUGCCGCAGCAGAAGCCGACGAAGUCCCCGAAGAGAGUGCUUCGCUGGAACCGACAGCUGUUCGGCGACGCCGUCGACCUCUGCGGUUGGGUGAAGGUGGACGUGGACGCCCUGCGCAACUAUGCGAUUGGUGAGAAGAUGAACAGGUACCGCGCUGCCGUUCAAUCUAGGCUGGAUCGCUUGCCAGCUGCCCUCAGUUCCAGUGAUCGCUAUGGAUAUAUCGAGGAUGCCAAGGUGACAGAGGAUAUGGGCUCCAAGCGGAAGGCCACUGGCGUGAAGCAAGACAAGGUAGAGGGUAAGGCCGAGGCCGAUGGCGCAGCCAUGGAUUUCGUGUUGGAAGCGCCUUUGGAGAACGAGCUGGCGCAGGGAAUUGGCUGGACUUUCGAACAGUAUGGCAAAGCGGGCGUAUUGUAUCGCAAAAACGCAAAGGCUGCAGAGGCAGCGUGCUCGGCCUCGCUCUCGAUUGCGCCGCGCGGCCGCUGUGCCACGCGCGUCGAGGCAGGGGCUUGCUUCGAUGACGACGGCUGCGCCAGGCGCGCUUUGGCCUCCAGGACGGACAAGCGGGGCUAUAUUGAGCAAUAUUUCGUAAUCGUCGAGGCCAGCGAGGGCCUUGUGGUGAUCGUUGGAGCCGCGGGGCCCUCUCAGGGGGGCACCGCGAGAUGCAUGGUGCCACGUUGGUUGGCCGAUCCAGGCGCAACUUGCGGGCUGCACCUCCUGACGGAUGUGCAAAUCCGCGCCGUCCAGCUGGAAGCAGGCCUCGCCGCGGGCGCGUUCAGGCCACGCUGCGCGGCGAAGGGAUACGUGACUCAACGUCUUGACCAAAUUGAGAUAGAGGGCGAACAAUCCAUGAGAUUGUUGCGCCCUGGGGCCUCCGCGCCGCGGGCCUUCUCCACCGUGGAAUCGCUGGCCGCCAACCUGUGCGCCGCCAGCUCGGCGACGCAGUCGGCCCUCGUCGAUGGGGCCUCUGUGCAGCCUGGAGAGCUCGUCGCGGCCCGUGGACUGCAGGUAUUUGCGCGGCUAUGGUCUCCCGACGCCGCCGUGGGGUUCACGGGCAGUGCGCUGCCACGGGGGACCAUGCCAGCUGUGGAGCGCCAGCUGCCGCUUGGCCUGGAGACCAAGAAUACCUUCCUGGACUGCCAGUCGCCAUGGAUCGACUACGUCACAGUGGGCGGGCGCGCGAAGUCGGACCCCACGUCCGACUCAUCGUCGGCCUCGGUGGCCGCCGAGCUCUCCCAGAGCAGCGGGGUCCUCGAAGGCCUCGGGUGCAGUCCCGAGGCGAGGCUGCGCGACGGGAGGCCGACCGCGCCUCCGCCCGAGACGGGGCCGCGGCGCCGCCACGACGCGGCGGAGCGCUGGCGGGGCUCGCGAGACCCGAGCAGCGGCGCCAUGGGCAGGGUCGCGCGGCGGCCCCGAGGCCCGCAGCCCGGGGGCGAGGGCGGGCGACCCAGCAGCUCGGAGGGCGAGGGGGCCCCCGCGCUGGACAAGAUCACCCGGUGCUUCAAGAUCGAGUAUGCGAUGAACGGCUGUGCCGUCGGCCGCGGCCGAGGCGGCACCUGCGGCCGAGCGAUGCCGACGGCGAAGCACGCCCUGGAUGCCGCCCGCGGCGCGGCCCUCGCGGUCCACGCGGCGGCAGGGCUGUCGGGCGGCUUGGAGCAGCGCGAGGCCACGCGCCUGCUCCGUGCUGCCGAGGGCCUCGUGCGGGCCGCGGUGGCCAGCCUGGCGGCGCCGCCUGCGCCCGCCCUGCCAGCCCGAGCGGCUGACCAGCCUGCCGCGCCCCCUCGGCGGCGGCGGCGGCGGCCACGCGGCGGCAGCGGCGGCGCGAAGGUCGAGGCCGCGGGCAUGGGCAUCGACUCGGCCCACGAGGUCAAGGGGGAGGCGCAGGCCGACGGCGGCGCUGACGGCGCGGGCGCUGCGACGCGGGGCGGUGCCCCUGGCGCGGAGCCCGCACGCGGGGACGCUGGCGGCAAGUCGGAGCUCGAGCCCGACGACUGGGCCGAUGGCCUGGUGAAGGCGGCGCCUGGCGAAGUGCAGGCAGGCGGGCCGCGGGAGGUCCCCGGCAUGAUGGACGGGGACCGCGUGCGCUUCCCCGAUGGGCGCGGGGGCUGGCAGUUCGGCCUGCUGUACGGUGACCCCGUGCCCGAGGACGGCCUCGUCUGCGUCCUGCUCGGCCGGGGGCGCAAGGCGACCGUCCAGCAGGUCGCCCCCGUCGACGUGGAGCUGGCGCCCGUGGUAGAGCCCCCGCCGGAAGCCGACGAGACGGCGAGCGCGGGUGCCUUUUACGAGCCUUACGCGGCGCAGUUUGCGAGGGGGGUGGGAACCUCAGAGGUGGGCGGGCAGGCCACUGAGAGGCAGGCGGGCGAGCCCGGCAGUCCGAGACGGGCAGCGACCUCUGCUGGAGCGGCCUCUGCCGGAGCGGGCUUCUGCGGGAGCGGAGCCGCCGCGGAGCGCCGCGUCUCGCGCCUCUCCCUCGUCGACCUGGCCACGAGCGCCGGCCUCUGGAGGGUGGCGGAGGACGAGGGGCACGGUGGCGGAUUUUUGGCCAUCACAAGCAUGGACCUGAGCGGGGCGCUCGUCUUCGGCGCCGUGGGCGCUGCCCUGUGCGCCGCGCAGCCCUCCGGGGUGGUCGUCGCGGCGGCGUCCGGCGUCCUGCUUCUCCUCCUGGGCCCGUCGCUGGCGAAGGGAUUCAAGCAGACAGUUGAUUUCUUGCUGUCGAUGUCCAGAUCGAAGAUGCAGACCGCGGGCCGGAUCGACGGGUACACCAAGCAGUAUGCUGGGGACAAGUCGGCGGGGGACCGCAACGCGGAGUACGCGACGCUCGUGAACGACUACUACGACCUCGCCACCGAGUUCUACGAGUGGGGAUGGGGAACCAGCUUCCACUUCGCCGACCGCCGCAAGGGCGAGUCCUUCCAGCAGUCCAUCCUGCGUCACGAGUACUACUUGGCCGGUCGGCUCGGUGUCAACAAGGGAUCUCUUCUGCUUGAUUGUGGUUGCGGCAUUGGGGGCCCAGCACGCAACAUGGCAAAGUUCACAGAAGCGAGCAUCAAGGCUAUCACCAUCAAUCAGUUCCAGGUGGACCGCGGCAACGCCAUCUGCAAGCGCGAUGGCCUCGACGACAAGGUUCAGCUCAUCCAGGGCGACUUCAUGAAGCUGCCCUUUCCCGACAACCACUUCGACGGCGUGUACGCGAUCGAAUCCACUUGCCACGCGCCAGAUCGUUCAAAAGUGUACAGCGAGAUCCUGCGCGUGCUGAAGCCUGGUGGCACCUUCGCGUGCUACGAGUGGUGUCUCACGGACAGGUACGACCCCGAGAACGACCUCCACAGGAAGAUCAAGCGCGACAUCGAGGUCGGGGACGGCCUGCCAGACCUGGUGCACACGUCGGUCUGCACGCGGGCGCUGGGCGAGGUUGGUUUCAAGGUUAUCGAGGCGCGGGACAUGGCCGCUGGAGGGGCAGGCGAAGGCGGAGAGCCAUGGUACAUGCCCCUCAUGCCCUCCUGGAACCCGACGAAGUGGCCGAGGUUCCAGUUCAACCCGCCCAUGGUCAGGCUGAUGCCGAUCGUCCUCCGCUUCUUCGAGCUGGUGCGCCUCGUGCCCGCCGGCACCGCGAGCACCCAGGUGAUGCUGCAGGCGGGCGGCAUCGGGUGCGCCCAGGGCGGCCACACGGCCUGCUUCACGCCCAUGUGGCUGAUGGUCGGCCAGAAGCCCAGCUGA